GUAGUGUUGGAUAUAAAAUAUGCAAGGACAUUUAAGGACCCAUGUUGCUAAGUGCAUCGAAAGGGUGCACCCCAAUCUGACACCACUCUUUGUAAAUAAUAAUAAUAAUAAUUAGCUCUUAUAAGUCUACCAAUGAUCUAAUAAAUUUCCAAUUUGUGAGCAAAACAGAGUUCAGUUCAGAUUCUAUCAUGGCAUCUCAUACGGCACCCCACCCAAGCAAUCUUGAUGGUGACCAAAAAGAAGAAGAUGAGAGCUUCGUCUACGCCGGCCAACUGGCAAACUCACUUGUGCUGCCCAUGGCCCUGCAAACGGCCAUUGAGCUCGGCGUUUUCAAAAUCCUGGCUAAAUCAGGUCCUGGAGCUAAGCUCUCCCCCUCACAGAUUUCAACAGAGAUGCCCACCACAAAUCCCGAGGCACCCAAGAUGCUGGACCGCAUACUCAGGAUGCUAACCAGCCAUUCUGUGCUGAGUUGCUCCGCGGGUGCUGAUGAUGCUGGGUCUUUUCAGAGGCUCUACUCUCUUUCACCUGUGUCUAAACACUUCGUUCCUGACCAAGACGGAGUCUCCUUCCGCCCUUUGAUGGCCCUCCUUCAAGACAAGGUCUUCUUAGCUAGCUGGUUUAAUAAGGUUUUUAACACAGCUAUGCUCAAUCACACUACAAUGCUUUUUAAGAAGAUCCUUGAGUCCUACAAGGGCUUCGAGCCACUCAAGCAAUUGGUCGAUGUUGGUGGUGGUCUAGGCGGUGCGCUUCACUCAAUUACUUCAAAGUAUCCCCACAUCAAGGGCAUUAAUUUCGACUUGCCUCAUGUCGUACAACAAGCCCCAUCUUAUCCAGGUGUGGAACAUGUAGGAGGAGAUAUGUUCAAAAGCGUUCCUAAAGGAGAUGCAAUCUUCAUGAAGGGGAUACUUCAUGAUUGGGGUGAUGAACAGUGCUUGAAGCUUCUGAAAAAUUGCUAUACAGCCAUUCCAAAUGAUGGGAAGGUAAUUGUUGUGGAGAUAUUUCUUCCAAUGAUGCCCGAGGUUAGCACUUAUAUGAAGCGCAACUCUCAACUUGAUGUGCUUAUGAUGGCUCAACACCCAGGAGGGAAGGAAAGGACGCGACAAGAAUUUGAGGCCUUGGCAACCAAAGCUGGAUUUAAAGGCAUCAAAUACAAAUGCCUUGUUUAUAGUUUCCAGGUCAUGGAGUUUUUUAAAUAGAUUGCUUGCUUGUAAAAUUUAUAAUUGUAUCUGUUGUGGACAUGUUUUGUACUCCUGCCAAUGGCCUAUGAUGACCUGUAUCAAGCAAAUAAGAGCGGCUCGGUAUAGUAUAGGACACCUCAGACGCCUAUAAGUUAGAAUAAAACAUACUGACUGUUUCAAUUUUCAGAUUGUUUAGAAGUUACAUCUGGCGUGA